AUGUCGCCAAUAGCAGAGGGCCCAGGCUGCUUCAGCAAGGAAGUCCUGGUCCAAAUCCCAACCCCAGCCCCCAGCAGGGACCCACCUCUGGUCUUUCCCCAUCUGCAGCUGGAACUGCUGCAGUUGCCCAGGUCCACCACCAGGGGCCCUCAGAGACCUCCCCUGGCCAGCUAUCAAGGGCUGCACCUGCUGGCUCUGGGCUAUGGACCUCCAGAAUGUGACUUCAUUGCCCAGCUGAGGGAGGAUGAGCAUGCUUGUGUGCAGAAGGCCGAGGAGACAUCCAACACCUCCCUGAUCUGCCCUGUGACAUGGGAUGGUCUGCUGUGCUGGCCUACAGCAAGCUCUGGCGAGUGGGUGACCCUCCCCUGCCCAGAUUUCUUCUCUCAGUUCAGCUUGGAGCCAGGAGCAGUGAAGCGGGAUUGUACGGUCCAAGGCUGGUCGGAGCCCUUCCCACCCUACCCUGUGGCCUGCCCGGUGCCCUUGGAGCUCCUGGUGGAGGAGAAGUCUUACUUCUCCACAGUGAAGGUCAUCUAUACUGCGGGCCACAGUGUCUCCAUCGUCGCCCUGUGUGUGGCCAUUGCCAUCCUGCUUGCUCUCAGGAGGCUCCACUGUCCCCGGAACUACAUCCACACCCAGCUGUUUGCCACCUUCAUCCUCAAGGCGUGUGCUGUGUUCCUGAAGGAUGCCGCCCUCUUCGGUGACAGUGACACCUCGGACCACUGUGGCUUCUCCACUGUCCUGUGUAAGGUUUCAGUGGCGGCCUCCCACUUCGCUACCAUGACCAACUUCAGCUGGCUGCUCGCAGAAGCCGUCUAUUUGAGUUUCCUCUUGGCCUCCACUUCCCCGGGCUCCAGAUCAGCCUUCUGGUGGCUAGUUCUGGCAGGCUGGGGGUUCCCCAUGCUCUGCACGGGCACCUGGGUGAUCUGCAAGAUGGCCUUUGAGGAUGCCGCGUGCUGGGACUUGGAUGACAGCUCCCCCUACUGGUGGAUCAUCAAAGGGCCCAUCGUGCUCUCCGUGGGGGUGAACUUCGGGCUGUUUCUCAAUAUUAUUCGCAUCCUGCUGAGAAAGCUGGAGCCAGCACAGGGGGCUCUCCACACCAAGUCUCAGUACUGGAGACUCUCCAGGUCCACACUUCUCCUCAUUCCACUGUUUGGGAUUCACUACAUCAUCUUCAACUUCCUGCCGGAUAGUGUUGGCCUGGGUGUCCGCCUCCCCCUCGAGCUGGGACUGGGCUCCUUCCAGGGCUUCAUUGUUGCUGUCCUGUACUGCUUCCUCAACCAAGAGGUGAGGAAUGAGAUCUUGCGGAAGUGGCAUGGUCACGACCCUGAACUUCUGCCAGCUCGGAGGACCUGUGCCAAGUGGGCGAUGCCUUCUGGCUCGGGGAUGAAAGUGUUGACAUCUGUGUGCUAGACUGAUGCAUCAUGCACCAGGACAGGCCACGCUAGACCUAUCAUGCACCAGGACAAGCCACCCUGGACCCAUCAUGCACCAGGACAAGCCACCCUGGACCCAUCAUGCACCGGGACAAGCCACCCUGGACCCAUCAUGCACCGGGACAAGCCACACUGGACCCAUCAUGCACCAGGACAAACCACACUGGACCCAUCAUGCACCAGGACAAGCCACACUGAACCCAUCAUGCACCAGGACAAGCCACCCUGGACCCAUCAUGCACCGGGACAAGCCACACUGGACCCAUCAUGCACCAGGACAAACCACUCUGGACCCAUCAUGCACCAGGACAGGCCACGCUAGACCUAUCAUGCACCAGGACAAACCACACUAGACCCAUCAUGCACCAGGACAAGCCACCCUGGACCCAUCAUGCACUGGGACAAGCCACCCUGGACCCAUCAUGCACCAGGACAAGCCACCCUGUACCCAUCAUGCACCGGGACAAGCCACCCUGGACCCAUCAUGCACUGGGACAAGCCACACUAGAAGUUGGGCUGUAAUUGGUCCAUCUACCCUCUGGAGGAUCCAGGGGAUUCCAGGAGCCCUUGGGCAAAGCCCCUGCAAACUGUUGCCCAGUUCUGAGCAGGAGCAGCCCUUCCUCCCUGCCCCUACACCAGCUCUUUUCUAGGUUCCCCUGACUUCCUUGGUUCUUGUUUCUGUUCCCAUUGGUUCUUUCAUUAGAGUCUGGGGCUACGCCAAGACCAGAGAGCCAAGGAACUUGCACGAGGAUGGUGUGUGCUUGAGUGAGUCCAGGCUUGUGCAGUGCAGCGGGGCGUGUCUGCGUGCUUAGCUUGGACUUCCAGUGCAGAGCGGCAUUUUUAGCUCUGUUCAUGCCACGUGAUUGUCACCUGUCUCUGCAAGGGUUCUCAUGUUUUAUUUAUUUAGACAACGUAUUCUCUUUGUCCCCAUCCUCAUUCCCAUUGCCCUCCUCCCACAGGCAGGCAAACCCAUGUAUUCACUUUGGAUUUCUAUGUACCUGGCAAAAUCUGCAGUGGGAUGUGUGUGUGUGUGUGUGUGUGUGUGUGUGUGUGUGUGUGUGUGUGUGUGCUUGCGCACGCGCUCUAAAUUCACAUAACGCCCAUCAGUCAUACGCCUCUCCCUGACUCAGCACUGUGAUUUUAAUGGAUCUGCCGUGUUGCUGUGGAGACAUCUGGGUGCUGUAUGAAGGUGCCAUUCCUCCCUUUCGCCCCCGCUCCUACUACCUGCUGUCCCCUGUGGAACCUUUCUGUGGGACUCACACCCAGGAGCACGGCUGGGGGCCUCUUCUUCAUGUGACUCAGUGGUGCCAGAUUGUACACCUACAUUGGUAGCUCCCCAGAUUCUAGAACCCCAGCCACCCCACCAACACUUGGCUUUUACUCUGCUUUAAUGUGUGAGAGUCAAAUGAGGUAAAGGCACAGCACAGUGCGUUUCCCUGAUGUUUAUCAGGUGUGGAUGGCUUUUUUCUUUCUGGUUAGCCUUUUGGGUUUGUACUGGAAAUUGAUGAGUUUCAUUUCCUGUGCUUCUGUGGGGUGGAAAUUCCUCAACUCUAGAUGUUUUUCUGUGUCUCCCUCUCCCCCCCUCCUCCUCGCCCCUGCCGUGCACCUUUCCAGAGGUGGGCACACAGGUCUUUCUUCUGCCACCCUCCCUGCCAGCAAGAGGCAGGAGGGGACUAGGUGCUAUCCUUAGGGACAGAUUUCAGCACAGAGAACAGGCAGAAAUCAAAGCUCUGCAGGUCAGGAUGAUGUCUCCCUGCUUCAUGGCCAAGGAGCAGCUCAGCUCUGCCCCCACCCCAGACUCCUGGUCAUCCCCCACUUUCCCAGCUGCCCUGAGAGAAGAGAUCUCCCUUUCUAGCCUCUGCCCACUGGGUGAUUACCUUCUGUCACCUGUCCUGUCACUGUGAACCCCCUGUGAUCCUUGGCCACACAAGGGAUGGGCUUGUCAUCCUGGGCCUGGCUCCAUUUCUUCUGAGCAGAAAAAGCUAUGAUGCGGUGCCCCAAGGGGUUGUAUGAAGGGGAAUUAAGGGGGGCACUGCUGCCCCCACACAUUGCUCUACUGCCCGGCACCUGCCUGGUCAGACAAAGGUGAAGUCAAAGUGUGGCCUAGCACACAGUUCUGCCUUUAAUCACAGAUCCUGAAAAUCAUUUACACUCAUUGCAGGCAUUCAGGCAACACAGCCUUCUAUUUAAAAAGCAAAAUAAAAAUAACUUUCAUUUUAUUACCCAAGGACUUUAGCCACUGACUAUUUUGUGUUUCCUGAAAGUUUCUUCUCAGCAUUUUUGAAAUAUCUUGAGAUCAUAAUAUUUGUGAGUUUGUAUGUUUAAAAAUAACAGGCUCAACACCCGGUUGUCAGUAAGGAUGUCGCUAGCAUCAAGAAAACACAAACAAUAGCCAUAAGGAGAUACUGUGUGUGAGUGUG